AUGGCAUGCCUAGUUCUGUUUGUAAUUAAGUCUCAAUUGUUUAAGCUCCAAAGUUUACAAACUCUCAUUCUCUCCGCGUGGACAAAAGAGUAUCAAUUGCAACUGCCGUGUAAUGUUUUGGAUUUGCCAUGGUUAAGGCAUGUGCACUUUGACAAGGGAUCUUCAUCUUAUCUCCCAAACUUGGUUCAAGAAAACUUACAAAGUCUUUCAUGGUUCAAAGUUACCGGCCGGGACUCAAGAACAACAAACUUUACAAAAGUUUCAAACCUAAAGGAGUUGGGGAUCUACAUUGAAGGCGAAGUAUUGCCUAAUGCUCUUGACAACCUUGCUCAGUUACAUCAACUUGAGAAGUUAAAGGUUAAAACGGGAAGGGUAGAGCGGUUUAAUCUCCAAAAAAGUUUCCCGUCAAACCUCAAGCAGUUGAGCCUUAGUAACACGUAUCUUUCAUGGGAAGAUAUGGACAUUAUUGGCAAUUUACCCAGCCUUGAUUUACUCAAAUUGAAAGAUUUUGCUUUUUGUGGCCCGGAGUGGACACCAAGGGAUGAGGGGUUUCUACAACUAAGGUUCUUGCUUAUUGAGCGUUCUGAUCUCGAACAUUGGAAUGCAAAUGCAAACCAUUUCCCAGCUUUGGAGCAUCUAAUUCUAAAAUAUUGUUGGGACUUGGAAGAACUUCCAAAUGAUUUUGAGGAGGUUUGUACAUUGCGAUUAAUUGAGUUAGACAACUGUUGUUCUUCUCUUGUGACUUCUACAGUGGAGAUCCAAAAAUGGCAACGAGAGUCCGGAAAUGAAGCACUUGUGGUUCGUGAUGUAACUAAGAUUGAGCUACUAACCAAUGAAAGCUUAGGUAAAAAGGUUUGAGUUUGCAAUUUGGUGAUUUAGGCAAG